CAACCGACCGUUUACUGUCUACCAAACGCCACGUGACCCCGCAGGAAUGUACAGCUCGACGGUGACUCAGUACGAGGAGAAGAAAAACGACAAUGGAAAGGUGGAAGAGGACGCAGAGCCGUUACCGCUACCAACCGAGAAAAUCCCGGCUAGGCAACCUAUAAUAUGGGAAAAUGUGAUUGGUAUCAUUGUGCUUCAUUUCCUCGCCGUUUACGGUUUCAUGAACGGCUAUCGAGAUGCCAAGUUCUGGACGUGGAUUUGGAAUAUCACCUACGGUGUGACGUCUGGUUACGGAAUAACGGCAGGUGCCCAUCGCCUAUGGGCGCACAAAAGUUACUCGGCUAAGGUUCCUCUACGUAUUUUUCUAGCGUGCUUAUACUGCAUGGCUGGACAAACGCGUUUCUACAACUGGAUACGAGAUCACAGAACCCAUCACAGGUAUACGGAAACUACGGCGGAUCCACACGAUGCUAGACGCGGAUUCUUCUUUUCUCAUAUGGGGUGGCUGAUGGUUAAACGACACCCGUCCGUCAAGAAAUAUGGCAGUAAAAUCGAUAUGAGCGACAUCGCUGCUGAUCCUGUAAUACAGUACUUCGACAAGCAUUACGAGAUCAUUAUGUUGUGGCUAUGCUUCGUUCAACCGACAUUGUUGCCAGUUUUCAUGUGGGGCGAGACAUGGUUCAUAAGCGUUUACGCGACGCUCAUCCGCUACGUGUGGUCGUUACACGCCACUUUUAUCGUUAACAGUUUGGCUCACAUGUGGGGAAAUCGACCGUAUAACAGGCAAGUGAAACCAGUGGAAAAUCCGACGGUGUCUUUCUUCGCUCUGGGCGAAGGUUGGCACAAUUAUCAUCAUUGUUUCCCGUGGGACUACAAGGCUGCCGAGCUGGGAGCUUACAGCCUGAAUCCGACCACAGCGUUCAUAGAACUGAUGGCACGCGUUGGUUUGGCGUACAAUCUGAAAACACCGUCGAAAGAGCUGGUCGAUCGAACCAGCAUGAAAAAAGGGGACGGAACCGACAGCCUUUGGGGACAUCAGAGACACUGAAAUAUCGAUGUCGAUGCUUACAACCUCGUUCCGAGAUCAGAGAGCCAUCCGAACACGCGUCGAACAAUCAACGCCGUACUGAGGAGAUCGUUCAACAUUUUAUUCCAGUGUAAUCGGGAUCGACGCAGCAAUUUCUGAGGGUAUUUGUGUACAUGGAAAUUUAGGGAUAUAGAAAUUUCGAAAUUUUUUAACUGCAAAUAUGACUUGA